GGUUGGGUCCUCGGAAACGAAGCGGAUCGAUUGCAGCCGCUGGGCCGGCUGGCGCUGGGUGGACACGUGGAGAUGGCGUGGCCGGCGCCGGGAGGUGGCAGUGGCUCGAGCGGCCGGGAAAUGCAGGCUCGUGGUUGCUUGGGGACUCGGCCUAUUGAAGUAUAUUUAUUGGCAGAGAAUUUACACUUGUCGUUGGAGGCACUGCAGGCAGAAACCAUCCUUGAAGCAGAAGAGCUCCUGGGAACAAUGCAAGAUUACUUAGACUCUUCUGUCAUCUCCAUCAUUGAGGAUUUCAGUGGCCUGACUGAGGCAAAAGGCCGUGCAGAUCCGGAUAAUGAGCUUUCCUUGUUGACUGCAAUCACUGAGAUUCUGGACAGCACCGAUGAUGAGUCUCUGUCUCCUUUUGACACUAUUCCUGAUUCUGAAUUGUUGACAUCAUCCAAGGAGCCUGAUAAUUCUUCGUUUCAAAGGUUUCUCAGCUUGUCCAGGACCCCCCCUAAACAAGACUUUCGCGCCGUUGAGGAUUUCCAAGAACCUAGAAUUUGCACCAUUAUGACUGAGAAGGCUGAAGCCUGUGCUACCAGCCUCCCCUUGGCAGUGACUCCAAACUGUCCCAAAGACAGAGCUUCUCCAAACAAAGCCAAUAGUAAAGGGCCCUGUGGGGAACGGAGGGUCUUUAGGCACAGAGAGCAAGAGCCUCCUAUACUGCAAUGUAGUGAUGGAGAAGAAGAGGAGGAAGAAGAGGAGGAGGAGGAGGAGGAGGAGGAGGAGGAAAUAACUGAUUGUGGGCAGAGUUUUGUGGCAUAUGUGAAAGAGAUCCCUGAAACAUCAGCAGUAAAGGUGGUGGCAAAAGACCUGCCUCCAAGUGAUGGCCUUUACAUCAUUGCUCCAGAGAGAAUCUCUCUCAGUGAGCUAGUGAGGUCAAUGCAUUCUUACUGCCAGCCUGCCUUCACCAUCUGCCUGAGUCCUGAAAGUCGGCCCCUUGCUGGGAAGCUGGCUGCUUGUCCAGAUGUCUCAGAAAUCAUACCUGAUGGCAGGGAGAGCAUGGAGACCUCAGGGGUCCUUCAGAAUGUGGACACAGAGCUCUCCUGCAGAACUGACAGCAGCAACACAUCUGGCCAGGCAAAGGAGACAGACCUCUUGGUCCCUUCCCUGGACAACGUCUCUUCAGACAAUACCAAGACUGCAGGCCUGGAAAGUGAUCUUGCCUUAGGCAGCCAGGCUGACGGGUUUGGCACGUCUGUUCUCCAAAGAUGGGAAGGUGCUCAUCUGACAUCAAAGGAAGAAGAUUUGGGAUCAGUGGAUGAUCAUGAAAGUGCAUCUCAGUGUGGUCCAGGAAGACAAGUAAACAUAAAGUUCGGUGCCUUGGCAUCAGAUAAGAGAAGUGGCAAUACUAGGAAGAAUGGGAAGAAAUGCUGCAAAGGGAAAAGGAGGUACAAGGAUGCCAGGAACAGCAGGCCUCAAAAGCAGGCCAGGACUAACCCAAACAAUGGUGAGAAGCAGGAGAAAGCUGGGGGAAGAUCUGAGCUUUCUCCAGAUCAAGCAUCCCAUGCAAAAGAGAAGCUGGGCAUUGCAGAGGAGGAGGAAUUGUUCAAGCAUGAGGCAGAGCUGAAGCCCAAAAACCCACUGAUUCCAGGCUUGGAGAGUGCAGAGGCCUUGCCAUGUAUAGAGGAAUGUCCAUCCAUUCAGCACCAGGGGGAUGCAGACACCACAUUGCCCACAGACCAGAGGGGUGUCCCGGAAUCCAACCACAAGAACAAGGCUGGCUCACUUGCAAAUGAAGUGGUUGGUCAAGAUGCCUCCCCUUUGCUCCCUGGCACUAUUGCAGACAUUGCAGGGUGGCCACCUGCGACUCUUCUCAGCAGCGAGGAAGUCAGCUGCCCUCCCAAGGAGGCUAAACCCAGACCUCUCAGCUUGAGUGAAUACCGGCAGCGCAGACAACAGCGCCAGGCCAGCAGCAUUUGUACAAGUAGUACCACAGAGAAGCAGGGUGCCAGCAAGUGGCCCAGUCUGCCUGAGCUCCCCACAGAACUGGCUGACCUUCCUUGCCUGUCGGUGCCUCCACCUCCCCACAAACUCCUGGUGCCUGGGUCGGAAAGGGAGACUGAGAAGCCUGCUGGCACUGCCUCUACCUCUGCUCCUGCUGGCAAAGCAACUGCCUCUUCCCUCUCAGUGCAAAGCACAACUGCACCAGUUCUUGCUCCUUGUUCCCAGAACAACACUGGGAGCACCUUUCCUCUCCCAGAACCUGCUCUGGCUGUCCCUUUGCAGCCUAGUAAAGCAGCUGUCUUUCCCCUGGUUGGGGCUCAGGUGCCGCCGAUGCCUCCUCCGCCAUAUCUCCCUGCAGUCCCUGGAGCUUUUCUACCAGCCCCUACCAGCAUCUUGAGCACACCCCCACCAGUGCCUCCCUGGGCUCCGUUUGCCCCUUUUCCAGCUGGCUACAAAAACCUGCCACCUCCACCUUUGGCCACAAAGGCUUGUUCCGCUGCCUUCCAUACAGUUCCUCCGGUGCCCCUUCCCACAUGGCCUCCCCCACCUGUCCCCAUGCCCUCUUUUGGCCCAGGGCUUCCUUACAAUUCCAUGGAGUGGGCUGCAGGUCCACAGCUGCCUUGCUGGCCUGGUAUCCCAGUACCACCUCCAGUACUUCCUGUGCCUUAUGCGGAUCGGGGAGUCCUCAUGCAGAGUUCCUCAGUGGGUGCCUUCCUGUCGCCGCCCUUCUCUGAAGAGACCCCAGACCAGCAGAGUAUAGCUCCAACACUAGAGUCCUCCCACUUUGGUAUGCAAAACUUGACAGCCACUGAGAAGGCAGGCCGACCUGCCCCGCUACUCUGCAUGGAAUUGCCUUCAACAGCCAAAAUUUCUGCCAGAAAGAUAUCUGACCCAAGGCGGCAACCGUGGCUUUGUACUGCUGAGUCUAAAGCAGAAGGGACUUCUGGAAAACCUCAGCCCUUGGGAAAGCUGCUUGCCCCUCCAUCAGUGGUGGAACCUUCAGGAAAACUAACACUGACUCAGUCUGUCAGGAACAGCUCCGAUCUGCAGCUCUCAGGGGAGCCCAAUUUUGUGCUUCCUUCCCCACAAGUCAAGGACUCCACUGGCACAGUGAAAUCUCUAAAAGGGCCCUGCUUUGCUGAGCCUGUGGAGAAGGCCUCUACUGUACCUGUCACAGUUCAAAGUGCCAAAGACACGGCUGCUGCCCAGUCUCAAGAGGAACUUCUUCCCCAUCCUGCCACUUUGGUGCCAGAAAAGUUAACAAUGUCAGUUGCAGUAAAGGUGGAUGCUAAGGAAACUGCCCCAGUAGUUCCCAGCUCACCUGUGACAGCAGGUGACAUCCACCCACACAAGACACCCACCCAUAUGUGGAAGAUACAGCCUCUCAUCAGCACUGCACAGCAAAGCCAUCAUAAGGAUAUUGUUCAGGCCUUUGUCACUGAGAUUGGAAUUGAGGCCUCUGACCUGUCCAGCCUCCUUGAGCAAUUUGAAAAAACAGAAGCCAAAGAGGGAACUUCUAGUGUGGCAAAAUCCUUGAGAAAUAUCGCUGCCGGGAAGUGCAGCUCUGAGACGCCACAGGAAAAGAAGAUGGUGGAUUGGCUUCAGGCUCCAGAGCUCACCAAUGUUGCAGGCCUAACCCCUCCAGCCACUCCACCCCACCAGCUGUGGAAGCCUCUAGCAGCCGUCUCACUUCUGAGCAAAGCUGGCUCACCCAAAGGUGUCAGGCUUGCAAAAUUCCUGAGCAAACCUCACAGAAAAGCCCUAAUGCGUCAUCAUGUGGGCUCCGGUGAGCAUGACUACUGUCAGCUCAGUGCUGCCCCACCAAAGGGGGGCUCCCGAUGGAAUGUCAAACACAACAUGGACAUCACUAUCAAGCCCAUCAAGGCCUUGACGGAUCAAGAGCCGGAUCAGUCUGCUACAAACCAGCCUCUGGCUGCUGCUGGUGCCAGAACUAGCCUUGUAGGCACAGUCAGCCUGGUUGCUGCCUGCCAGAAUCCCAAAGAAGCUCUCAGCCCUGUUGAUGCUUGUCAGGACAAGACCCAAGCCUUUAGCCAUGCUGCAGCCAGCUCAAACCCUGGCAGAUCAGUGUCUCCGCUGUCAGAGAGCAUGCGUACAAGGCUACACACAGAGCCCCUGGACCACCGGACUAGUACACCAAGGUCCAUGACUAGGGGCAGAGAAGGGCCAUGUUCUGUACUUCUGUCCCCAGCUGCAUCCCCAUACCGGGAUGCAGAAGAACCAGCAUUGCAACAACCUCCUGACGUUCAGCAGAAGCGUCUGGCUUCCAAACACUCUCUGCGAUGCUGCCAGAGCAGGCAGAGGUCAACCAGUCCCCGCAAAAGGAGCUGGAGAGGCCGCCGAAACCAUGCCAGCCAGUCCUUCAGCUCUAGCUCUGAUGGUGACAGUGACUCCUCCUCCUCUUCCUCCCCUUCUUCCUCCUUGUCUUCCUCAUCAAGAUCAUGCUCCCGGUCUCUGUCUCCCCCAUCAAAGCGCUGGCGAAGACACCGCUCAAGACGUUCCCGCUCCUCUUCCAGUGUAAGGAGCCGGUCAAGAAGCAGUUCCCGCUCAUCUUCAUGUUCCUCCUAUUUAUCAAGGUCAUCUUUGCGCUCGCCGUCUCUGCACAGGAGGAGCACCUGCAGGAAAAGAUAUGACUCCAGCAGUUCCCGGGAACGUUACCAAAGGCAGAAAUUCAGACACAAAGAACAUGCAAUAGAGGAACGCCGUGUUGUCUUCAUUGGGAAGAUUUCUAGCAGGAUGACUCGUUCGGAGCUUCAGCACCGUUUCUCUGUGUUUGGAGACAUUGAGGACUGCACCCUGCACUUCCGUGAACAGGGAGAUAACUAUGGUUUUGUGACAUACCGCUAUGCUGAGGAAGCCUUUGCUGCCAUAGAGGGUGGACAUACACUUCAUCGCUCUGAUGAGCAGCCAUUCGACUUAUGCUUUGGAGGGCGUCGGCAAUUCUGUAAAAGGAGCUAUGUUGACUUGGACUUAAACAGAGAAGAGUUCGAGCCUGCCCCUGUGAAGAGCAAGUUUGACUCCCUUGACUUUGACACCUUACUAAAGCAGGCUCAGCGGAGUCUGCGGAGGUAACGCUGGCUCUCCUGGGCUCAGUGUGCCCAGUGGGCAUCUGCCUACACCAGCCUUACCUCAGAUGGGCUGCAGGGGCAGGUGCCACCCCCCUCCCCUCAGUCUAGCUGCUAUGUCCAGCGUGGUUUUGUAAUGAAAUGCAAAAAAAACCCCCACAAACAAUUUUUAUCUUGAUUUGUUUUUCUAGGGACUAUUUAAGGGGAAGGACAUUUUCUCUUUAAUAGUGGGGUUGGAAUCAUAACCCCCAACCACCUUCUUCCCAAGUAAUCACUAUGCAGAAAUAAACGUCCACUAUAGAAAUGC